GACAAGGCCAAGGCCUAUUGACGUCAUCACAGUGGACCCACGGACAGAAAGCAGUCCUGAUGCUCCGGAGGCAGCGUUCAGCAGUGCUGAUAGGGACGAACACGGCCAGUCGAUGCUCCAUUUCGCAGCCGCGAGGACGCACACACGCAACGCGCUGUUCCAGUUGCUUCAAGAGUCUGAUGUCAAUCUUGCUUAUAGAGAUGAGUUGUACCGAACUGCGAGGGACGUGUCUCUGCAGGCGAAUGUGCCAGAAAACACCGCUGAGAUCGACCGAUGGGUGUUGCAUCUAGCUGCGAGAGGUAACAAGGAAAAGAUAAUGGAGUUGUUCCUAGAAGGCUACGAUCACAUACUGGACGCCGUCGAUGACGAGGGAGUGCCAAUAACCGAUGUAGUGGCCAGCCGCGACAGCGAGAUGAGUAACGUGCUCGCUUCAAUACCUGCUUUCGAGGACUCACGAGACGCCCUCCACAGUGCGAUACGAAGAGGAGACCUAGCUGCAGUUGAGAAUACCCUGGCAGCAGAAGGUGGAAGAACUCUAGCUAGAGGCAAAAGCUCGUUCGGCAGAACAGCUCUCCAUGUAGCGGUGCUGGCGCAACAUGAGGAGAUCGUGGCAUUGCUGGCUUCGAAGUGCCCGGAGCUGCUACGGUUUGGAGACAACUUGGAGCGAACGCCCCUUCACUACGCGAUGGGAGUAGAGAAGAUGGAGUCAUUAAGCCGUGUCCUCAUCCGAGCGGGUGCCAAACGCGUGCUCAAAGACCUGAAGGGGCGCCAACCUUCAUACUACUUCAUGAAUAAGUCUGACAUCCUGCGGCUCAAAGAGGAGGAGGAGAUUUACUGACAGACCAGGAGGGUUUAGUUGAUUCCUCGAAUUGUAGUUGAGGAUUUUGGAUGAUUUUAUUCUUUAUUCUUUUAUCGUCUUCUACCCUAACUGCACAGUUUCAUGUAU